AUGGCGUCGGAUGGCCCUGAUCCGCAAAGCCUGAAGACCUGGCAGGAUGCCUUCCAAUAUCCAAUUCCUACCGUGCGCCGUGUGGAGCAGGAGCUCCGGCGCGACAUUGCGAGCAACAAGGAGAAGCUCCGUGCUCUAGUUGGUACGAGAUAUCGGGAGUUGGUCGGAACCGCGGAGACAAUUGUUUCCAUGAAUCGCGAGAUACAGAAUGUGGAUACAACCUUGGCCGACAUUGGACAGCGAUGCAACCCGCGAUUGAUGGAGAAGAAGUUUACACAUUUUCAUCAAAUCAAAGGUGAUGUCAGAGACAGAGAUUCGGCCAAGCGCUCGUUGAGCGCUCAACUUGCUCUGCUACAACGCUGUGCAGCCUCAAUUUCGCAACUACUCAGACGUCGUGGUUCCCUAUUGCUAAUGGCCAAGCUUACGGUUAUUUCUCGACGUCUCCAUAACACGAUAUCUCAGCAAAAACCGGUUCCUCCGUUCCUAGAGAAUCUGCGCAAACAAAUUGUCUCGCUUCGACAGACGCUUUUGGGGAGGAUAAAUAAACGUCUUGCAUCGGCCACGUCGACGGCCGAUGAGAUUAUCGAGGCGUUGGCGGCUUACUGCCUGGUUGAUAGCUCUUCUUCCGACGACGCUAUACGCCAUUUUCAUCAAGUCCGCUUGGACCAUAUCGGGAGUCAAUUGGAAUCCCAAGACACGUCGGGCGAACACGUCUUGAACGCUCUACGGUUGUAUGUGCGAACCCUUCAGUCGACGAAAGUACUCCUGUCCCGUCGUUUGUCCGAUGCUUUAGGCAAAUUAAAAGCACGGCCUAUCCUCACCGACCCGGAUAUUCGUGGUCUCGACGAUCUAGGGCUUGAUGUCUUGGGCCGCUGGGUGGCUCCAGAUGUCAGCAAUUUCAUCCCUUGGGUUAAAUUGAGUGAAUGCUCUAAAAGUGACGCCGAAAAACUUAUUAAGCAAUGGUCCAAGCAAGCGUUUGACAGGUUUGUCGACAGAUGUCAGAAAAACCUGACGAACUGGCUGGACUUCACGAGCUUACUUUCACUCCGUGAAAAGACGUUGGAGCUAUGGUUGCGUUCCUGGGGCUCAACGCCUACUCAUUCGCCCUUGCAGGUUUUGGAAGGUCUUCGCACCGUUUUCAACGAGCGACUUAGGCAAAUUCUGACUGAUCAAGCUAAAUCGCUCAACACCUUUGGCCGUACUGUCGCAUCUGUGUUGUCGGGCUGGGAGGGGCGAGAGCACGCGGUUUCUCGCUCACUCUGGGAUCAUGAAUUAAUGUCUCUCGAUUACUCGAAUGGCGCUGCCACUUUCAAACAAACAAUUGCCGAUAGGCUUCUUGGCAGGGACGAGGAUAUCUCCAAUGUCCUCGAGAAAUACCAAGACUGGCUGUCCCUGAUCGAAACUUCCAGGCAGUCUAUUGAUGAAUUGCGACGAGUACGCUGGACAGACGUUUUGGAUGACAGUGAGGACGGGGAUCUCGAUAUCGACACUACCGCCACUUUGAAUGAAGACGAUCCACAAUUAUUACGGGAAGCGCUGGAGUCAGCUGUCAAGACAGCGUUUGAUGCUCUCGACUCCUCGUUCAAUGAUAUAUUUAAGGACUUCGGUGCCUCGCCUCAGAGCGGCAAGGCUGCAUUUAUGUUAAAGCUUAUCAGACUGGUGCGGCGCGAUCUCCCAACAGAUUUCGAUGAUGGCGCGUUCGUCCUCUCGAAGGACAUUGUCCCUCAGUUGCAGGAGAUGCUUUCCAAUGAAGUGCUGAAACAGACACAUCCGUUACGGCUGAUCGCAGGCUCGGUGGCAAAGCCUCCGCGAGUGCCAGGCCGAACGCUUUGGGAGGGUGACCCGGAAUCUCCUGUCCAGCCGUCUCCAUCUACAUUCAAGUUCCUGCGCCGACUCGUCGAGUCCAUGGAUGGACAAGGCCCAGGUCUUUGGGAUAUCUCCACUAUCAAAGUUCUCAAAAGCAUCACGCAGACGGAACUGUCCAAAUCUAUCACCUCUGCUCUCGAGGCUCUGGAUUCUCUGUCAAAUGCCCUUCGAGAAGACGCUGUGAAUGACUCGUCAGAAGAGAAGAACGUGGACAAAAACGAGGGCGAUGAUGACAGUCAGUCCUCCAAGAAAACUGGCCAAGAAGGAAAGCAAGAGACCGAAACCACUAGCGAAAGUGAGGCCCAAAAUCUCCAUGACUGGAAGCUCCAGUUAUACUUCGACGCAGCCUAUUUGAAGAAUGCGUUGGCCUCCAAGGACCAGGGAAGUGAGGAAUUGAAAGCCAUCCUUGACAGACUCAGUAGUGAAGCUGCAUCCAGUGCGAAAUCUGUCAAGUCUAUAGACCAUGCUGCUGCCGAGUAUUGGAAACGCACGCAAUUGUUGCUGGGGCUGUUGGCAGCGGGCGCCGAGCAAUAG